GCCGGUUCUGCAGCGCAUUUCUAUUUUUUCCUUUUGUGCUGCAUUCGCGAUGGUCGUAGCGUGACUUUUAGAGGCAAGCCUGCUCCUCUCUCUCUCUCUCUCUCUCUCUCCUUCUCCACCCCUCCUUACAGAUUUUUUUCCCUCACCGCCUCCCUUUCCCGCGAGCCUUCCUCUCUCCUCUUUUCGCGGGUUUGGUCCAGGCUUCCCGGUCAGUCGGAGCCCCUUUUUUGUUUUACCUCCCAGCGGCGGGGAAGCUGGAAGCGAUGGGACGCGGCGGUUUCAGCACCACGGAGAGCACCCGACUUCUGCUGCUGGGUGUGCUGGCGCUGUCCGUGGUGCUGGCGGAGCAGGAGGGGGAGAACCUGUCCGGGCUCUCCGACAACCCCGACAAAGCCAUCUUCGCGGUGCGGGAGAACAGCACGACCUGCCUGAUGGUGGAGUUCGCCGUCAAAUUCCUGGUGCCGUAUGACGUGCUCGCGCUCAACGGGAUAGACCUGAUCACAGAGCAGGCGUAUUUCACUUUGCCCCGCAGCGCAGAGAUCGAGGGCAAAUGCGGGACCACGGAGUCAGAGAUCCACAUCUCCUGGAAGAACGGCGCUUACGUUCUGCGCAUUUACUUCUCCAAGGACUUUCGGGACAAAGGCCUGGAGGUGUGGAAGAUCAGCAGAGUCCAGUUCGUCUAUGACACCUCCGAGACCUCGCAUUUCAUCAACGCUUACAACCCUGGGAAGCACACAGCCAGCACCCACCGCCUGUCGGCCCUCGUGACCCCUGCCGGCCGCUCCUUCGUCUGCGCGGCGCAGCAGUCCUUCACUCUCAUCUCCAGCGACCACCAGAAGGGCAUCUCCGUCACCAUGUACGACAUCCAGCUCCAGCCCUUCGACAUGGCCUCUGACUUCAUGUUCAGCGAACCCUUCAAGUGCAUCAUGGACCAGCGGGAGCGGCUGGAGGAGACCCUCCCCCUCAUCCUGGGCCUCAUCCUGGGCCUGAUAAUCAUCAUCACGCUCACCAUCUACCACUUCCACCUCAAGCUGACAGCCAAUCAGCCCCAGCUCCCCAGAGACCGCUCCAUGUACAAGAACAUGUAGCUCAGCCCCCCCCACAGCUCUCUCAAAGCCAUCGUCUCCUCAGAGCCCCCCCCCAGGCCUCCAACAUCUCAGAGGACUUUUGUUCCAGCUCUGGACCGAGUCCCCGAUCCGAGAGCGGCCAACGCCGAACGGUCCAUCUGGAGCUCGACUUAAUGGGACAGCUGGGGCCGCACGAACUGACCGCUCAAUUAAAUCAGAAAAAAGCAGAAAAUAAAGACGUUGGGCUUCUGUUCCUCCGUCUCUCCAUGUUUCCCUCGUCACCCUGAAUGCAGCCAUAGUGUCGAUGGGCAGUCUUGUAGUGAAAAGUGUGUUUUCUGGUUUCUUUGCUUUCACUUCAGCAGAACUUUGCUACAAACCAAUGCGUGGAACAUAUCAAAAGAAGAAGAAAAUAUCUGGAGAUUAUUGUAUUUAUGCAGAGAGAUUAUUGGAAGUCUAUGCAUAAACCUUUGUUGAUGCAACGUGUGCACUAUUCUGUCCUGUCUGAAAUAAACUGCUGGAGAACUCUUCCUUCAUUACUACAGAA